CCGUGGCUGGUGCGGGAGGAACGAAAAGUAGUGGCGGCAGCGGCGGCGACAGGCCCUGGUAGCGGAUGAGAGAGAGUCGAGGCCGCAGCGGAAGCGGUGGAGAGCGACUUCGGUCCAGUUAAGUCUCUGCUUUCAGGUUUGGGGAUAUUCCCUGCUCCAAAAAGUCCUGGAAAUUUGACUAGUGUUGUGUGAGUAAAAGGUGUCCACAUUUUAUUUUAAAAUGCUAAAUAGUAUUUAAUUUUUUGUUUCAUCUUGGAUAGAGUUUGACAAGAUUUAGCUAGAGAUUGUGCAGCUUAUAUAAGAAUCAACAUUCUUUUAAGUUAUUGGGGCUGAUUUAAAAAUCUAGAGCAAACCUUAAGCAUAGUAAUAUUUUUAUUUAAACAUUUUUGUUACAUCAUGUCACUAUCAUUGCAAAAUUAAGAGUUCACUUAUCUGAAUAGACAUUUUAUAAAUUCCUUGUUUGUAGUCAGUGUCUUAAAAAAAUUGAAACUGAGCUGCUCAAGCAAGUCUUUGCAUGGCUAAUACUUAAUGCCUUGCUAGUGGAAUUAUUGAUUUAAAGGAAAUGUUGUCUUUCCCCAAAUGUUAAACUCCCUAUGUUUUAUAACUGUGUUCAGGAUGGCUUCUCUGCUUCUCUGCCUUCUUUAGUUUGCUAUACCAUACCAUUCAGUUGUCACUAUUCUAAUCAUUUCCAUCUAUUUUGUUAAAGAUCAUUUGGAAAUGCUAAUGUUAUACAUGCAUCCAUACUAUACACAUUCAUAUGUGUAAGACUUAUUUCAUCAACAUUUGUGGGCUGGUCCAAGAUUCAGCCUUUUAAAAAAAGAUACCUUGAUUCUAAGUUUGUAUCAUUUUUUAAAAUGCAGUCAAACCUAAAGAUUUUUAUGAUAUGCUUUAAAGAUGAAAAAUCACUCAGAUGCUUUGAUUAUGCACAUUUGUGUAUAUGUGUUUGUGUGUAUAAAACAAUUUGUAUAUAUGUAUAUGAUUAUAUACAUAGAUAUACACAUAACUAUACUUUCACUUGCAAGUGUAUUUUCAGUAUACAGAUAAUAAAGAUGGGGGAAGGUUUCUGUUUUUUCUUAAUAGGUGAAGAAAUCUUGAAGACCAGAAUUGGAUAUUAUUCAAUUUUUUGUUUUUCUUUUUUUAAAAAAAAAUUUAAUUGUCCGGCUGUGGAAGAUGGAUCUUUUUUUGUAGCCCUUUGAAUUUCAAGUUCAUCUUUAAAUGAACUACUUUUUUUUUUUUUUGGAAGAGAUAACUAACCCUGGCUGUCUCCAGUCUGACAGAGGUUAUUCGAAUGGACUUAUUCUUCCAAUAGUUGGGAGAUGUUUAAAAAGCACAGCCUGUGUUUGAAUUGUGGCUGAGAGGUGUUUCCUUGGCAAUGUGAGGAGGAAAAUUCUUUCUGCCCCUUUAUUAUUAAUUCAUGGAUUGAGUGUUGGUUCGACCUACAGGAGUAAUAAAUUGGAAUUCAUUGAAGACAGACGUUCCUGUUGAGGUCAUCCAGCUAAUGUAAACAUUUUAAAGAAGAUUUCAGUGGUUGAAUUGCCUGUGGAAGAUUGAGACCAUUUGAGUUGGAGUCUGGUUCUCUUCUAGAGAAGUAGUGGCUUGGUUUCAAGCCUCAGCAUUUGAUCUAAGGAUCUGGCCAGCAUGUCUAAUCAAGGAGAAGACUGCUACUUUUUUUUCUAUUCUACAUGUACCAAGGGAGAUAGUUGCCCAUUCCGGCACUGUGAAGCUGCCCUAGGAAAUGAAACUGUUUGCACAUUGUGGCAGGAAGGGCGCUGUUUUCGGCAGGUCUGCAGGUUCCGACACAUGGAAAUUGAUAAAAAGCGGAGUGAGAUUCCAUGCUACUGGGAAAACCAGCCAAUGGGAUGUCAAAAACUAAAUUGUGCUUUUCAUCACAACAGGGGACGCUAUGUUGAAGGCCUUUUCCUACCUCCAAGCAAAACUAUUUUACCCCUUGUGCCUGAGUCGCCAGAUGAAGAGGUGAAAUCUAGUCAGCUCUCAAUGCAGCAGAACAAACUGUCUGUUCAGUCCAAUCCCUCUCCUCAGCUUCGAGGGGUAAUGAAAGUGGAAAGUUCAGAAAAUGUCCCCAGCCCCACACAUCCUCCAGUUGUAAUCAAUGCUGCAGAUGAUGAUGAGGAUGACGAUGAUCAGUUUUCUGAAGAAGGAGAUGAAACUAAAACACCUAUUCUGCAACCAGCUCCUGAAGUUCAUAAUGGAUUACGCAUAACUGGUGCUCGGAAGCCAGGGGUCAGCUUAAAGCAAGGAGAUAGUUUGAAUUUUGGAAUAAAAACCCUUGAAGAAAUCAAAUCAAAGAAAAUGAAGGAAAAAUCUAAGAAGCAAGGAGGUCCUGAAAAAGAGAAUGUCAGAACUGUGGUGAGGACAGUAACCCUGUCCAACAAACAAGGAGAAGAGCCCUUGGUACGAUUGAGUCUCACAGAAAGACUAGGGAAACGGAAACUCUCAGGUGUUGACAGUGACCCUCCACUGAAGCGAAGCCUUGCUCAAAGGCUUGGGAAGAAAAUUGAGUCUCCAGAAAUGAAUACUGACAAAACACCAAAGAAAGUUCAAGUUUCCAAGUCUCUGAAGGAGAGAUUAGGAAUGCCAGCUGAUCUAAACAGUAUGGAGACAACAGAAAGAUCUGCUAAAGGUGGAGAGAUCCAUGUGAAGACACUAGAAGAAAUACGUCUUGAGAGAGCCAGCCAAAAACGAGGAGAAUUGCUUACCAAAAUCAAGAAUGAAGGACCCCAUAAGCCUGAAGAUUCCAAUUUGGGGAUGAGGAGCUCCUCUGCUAUCCGAAUCAAAACAUUUUCUGAGGUCCUGGCUGAAAAGAAACACCGACAGCAGGAAGAAGAGAGACAGAAAGCUGAGAAGGAAAACCCUUCUGUCAAGCUCAGAAUAGAGAGUGAGUCUAAGAAACCAGCCAUCUUGCCUCCCAGCACUACCAGCAAAGGGCAGCUGGAAGAGCCUGCAAUGAAAACCAAGCCCAUGCAGGAGGUACACAUAAAAACUUUGGAGGAAAUCAAACAGGAAAAAGCAUUGAGAGUGCAACAGAGUGCUGAGAACAGCACCAGCUCCCAGACACAGCCUGAGACUACUCCAAUCAUAAGACGACUUCUCCGCAUCACCAAAAGAACAGGUGUAAAGGAAGAGAAGAAACUUAGUGAAGCAGGUGAAACCACAUCUCGAAUUGGUGUUAGCAGGACAGAGGCUGUUGAGGUUUCUUCACAGACUUCUGAUGAGACCACAGGAGAUAGCAUUUCCAAAGUUCAAGUCAAGAAAUUCGAGGAUAUCAUGAGAGAGAAGCGCAUGCAGAAGCAGCAAGAGGUAGAAAUGCUACCAAAGGAUAAGGUUCUGACACCCCUUCAGGAAGAAGCAGCACCCAGUAACACCCAAGUGGUAGAGAAAUCAGAACUGAAUACUGUAUCAGGAAUCACCCGCCAGCUGACAAAACGCAUGCCAAUAAAAGCCCAGCAAGUAGAGCUAGAAACUUCAGGAAUUGGGGAUUCAAUCCUGAAUGUGAAAUGUGCAGCACAACCCUUGGAAAAAAGGGGUAAAGCCAAGCCCAAGGUUAAUGUCAAGCCAUCUGUGGUUAAAGUCAUUUCAACCCCUAAAUUGGCCACAAAACGCAAAGCAGCUGAAGUCCACCCUGCUGUCAUUGCAGCCGUAAAACCACUUAGUUCCGGCAAUAUUCUUCAGGAAAGCCCAAGCAAAAAAGCAGCUGUGGCUGCUGUUCCAGUUCUCUCUGAGGAUAAACCAGUCACUGUGUCUGAGACAGAAAAAACUCCAAACAGUCUUGAUCUGCCUCCAAGCCAAACUUCUGAUCCUCUACCACCAGAAGUAUCAAGUCCUUCUUCAUCCCAAGUGGCCACAAAAAGCCGCCGGCUCAGCUCUGCCUCUUCAGGAAAACCCCCCCUUUCUGUGGAGGAUGACUUUGAGAAACUGAUCUGGGAAAUCUCAGGAGGCAAAUUGGAAGCAGAAAUUGACCUGGAUCCUGGGAAGGAUGAAGAUGACCUUUUACUUGAGCUGUCAGAAAUGAUCGAUAGCUGAAAGUGGUGACAAGAUUAUUUUUUUUAAAAAACUCACCAAAAAACUGGAUUUUGUUUCAUCUAUUAUAACAUGUGCCUGAGGUUACUAUUUCUCUAGGCCAAGAUUUGCCCCAAUCAGAAGCAUACCUCAGAAGUACCUAUACUUGUUUGGGCCUCCUGUGGGUCAAAUUAAAGAGAAGGCCUUUGGGUAGCCAUCCUGUCUAUUAUUGUUUAGCUUUGAGAUAAAGUUUCUUGUCUCACCCCAUUCCCUUUUUUCCCCAUCCUCUCCUUCCCCUACUUUUUAAAAAAAAAGUGGGCAAUAGAGAGAAAGUAGAAAUGAGUUAGGUUGGGGGGACAGAAAGGAGCUUAGAGGUUUAAAGUGUACAUUUGUUAAUUCUGGCUUUUUUCUUUGGAUCGUCUUUGUUGUGUGUAUGAAUAGAUAUAUAUGAAAGGUUAUCGGAGUUUUCAAAAGAUAUGAAGAUAGCUGCUACUACUCUUAAGGACCAAAUUUCAUUUCUGCCACUGUAUUUAAAUUGUUAACAUAGCUUUAGAGAAGGCUAAGCAGCUACAGGGAGCAAACCAGAAUAACAUGGACAGUUUUUUCAGCUCCACAUUUUGGUGCUUCUGUUACUCUGAAGGCUUCUAACAAGCAACGACUUAUUUAUUACUACUGUAAUUUUAAAAGCUUUUUUUUUUUUGCUUGAAAGUGCCUCGGUGGUCUCAAGAACUACUGUUAAUGGGAUCCCCUGGUUUCUUCACAAGAAGUGACAUGAUUUGAAGAAUCCUCUUGUUAGCAUGAAAAUUUCUGCACCUCCUGUCCCCCCCAUUUCUCCUGCCCCACCCCGCUCCCCCCAUUUCUCCUACCCCAAUACUUUUCCACCACCACUGGCAUUGAGUCACCAGGAGUUGUGUGAAAGGUUAUGAUUUGUUUGUUUCUUUUUUAAAUCUCUGAUGCUGCAGUUCCAGCAAAUUCUCCUGCCCAAAAAUUCUCUGUCCGUGACCACCUAGAAAGAAAAGCUGAAUCAGCUGCUGAUUUUCAUAUGUGAACUAUAGCAAUACACUGAACCCACUGUAACAGGGAUAUUGAGAUGCUUUGGAGGUGUAUUGUGUACCUUCCAUUUUUGUAGAUGAUUUUCUUUACUACUUCUGAAUUGACUUUUUUUGUUCUUGACAGUCCUUUUUACAUCCCCACAAGGGUUUUAGACUUGUCCUAGAAUUAGCCUAUUCAGGCUUGUGUUCUCAGAAGAGGAUAUAUUGCAUUGUAAAUAUUUGUGUUCAUAUGGUAUUUUGAAGAAAGAGGAAAAAAAAUACUUGUCCAUUUUUAUAAUUCAUUAUAGGUGGUAUCUUGGUUCCCUUAGGGAAAAUUGACCCACCUGUCAUAUUGGCUCCUAAGGAACUGCUGUUGUAGGCGGCUCAUCAAAAGGAGAACUUCAUGUAAUCUCAUGGAAGGGUGGAGAAUGCCACAGGACUACCCAUCUGGCCUUGAUGAGGUCUGAAUGGUUAUUCACAAACAAAAGUAACUUGAGAAAUUUAUAUAUUUUUAAAAAAUUAGACACACUCCCCAUUCUUCCCUCUGUAAUUGAAAGUAUUUGUUGUAUGAGGACCCCUCCCCAAGGCCAAGCAUGGAAUGUUCUGGUUCUAUUACCAAUUGCCUCCUCCUCCUUCCUCUUCCCAUUUCACUCUUGAGAUCUGUACGGAGAUCUCUAAUCCCUUUUGUAAAUAACUAUUUUAUUUUCAUUUUUUAUGAUUUUGUUUGUAUCCUAUUUAAAAGCACUUGUAAUUAUUAAUCUGUGUCUGAAUCAUUCAUGUUCAGCAUCAUUUGAACCAUUAGUCAUUACGGAGAAAGACAUUUGUGUUUUAAAUAAAACUGGUGUAGGAAA